AAGGGACAGGACAGUGAGGAGAGAGGAAGAGAGGAGAGAGGAAGUGAGGAGAGGAGCGGAGAGGAGAGGAGAGGAUAAUCAGAGGAUAAGAUGAAUACUUGGUGAUCCCGGUCUGAGGAGCUGAAGACCUGACAAGCUGGAUUGGCAAGGGGACCAGGAGAGGCAGGAGGGAGGUGUUGCGAUCCCUUUCCUCGGUCUGGUCGUGAGGAGGAGAGAAGAUACUCUGAUACGAGCCCUUGCAUAGCAUCGCAUAUGGCGACCUUGUUGUGAGGGAGAGGUUGAAUGGGUUUGAGGGCGAAAGCGUUGAAGAUCUACCGUCAGUUGUGAAAACACUUAGCUAGUGAGGAUGGGGAAUGCGAACGGCAAGAACGGAGAAGGAAGUGCUGGAGUUGCAUCAGGGGAUUAUUCUCAUCCCUAUGCAAACUCCCAUCAAGACUUGGAGCACAACAAUUCUCGACCCAAGACCACGAGUGUGCCGGUGCCCGUUGCAGACAAGGCCAAGGGAUCGAAGGUAUCCAAGGUCGGCAGAGAGCAUGGCAACGGGAUCAGUGAGGAAGUCGACAAGGCCAUUUCUUUGAUUGAACCUCAAGGAAACUCUGAGGCUGCAGGAAAAUAUUCUUUGCAAGAUUUUGAGCCGAUGAAGGUCAUUGGCAACGGUUGCUUCGGAAAGGUGAUGAUGGUCAAGUGCAAGAAAAAUGGCAAAAUAUAUGCGAUGAAGACAAUCAAGAAAGCCCAUGUUGUUAAGAACAACAAGGUUCGCCAUACCCUUGCAGAGCGAAACAUCAUGCAGAAGAUUAACCAUCCUUUUGUGAUGAAGCUGCACUAUGCCUUCCAGAACAAUGGAAAGUUGUACAUGGUGAUGGAUUAUCUCAAUGGUGGAGACAUCUUCUACCAUCUGUCAGUGUCUCGAAGGUUCCCCGAAGAAAGGUCGAAGUUUUAUGCUGCAGAGGUCUUGAUGGCACUGGAAUGCUUGCACGAGCAUGGGUUCAUCUAUAGAGAUCUCAAGCCCGAGAACGUCCUGACCGAUAGCGAGGGCCACAUACGGUUGACGGAUUUUGGGCUGAGCAAGGAGAAUUUUGAGGAAGGGAUGUCGAUGAACACGUUUGUUGGAACGACGGAGUACCUUGCGCCAGAGGUGUUGAAGCAGAAGGGAUACGGGAAGGAAGUGGAUUGGUGGAGCCUGGGGGUUCUCAUCUUCGAGAUGUUGACCGGCUGUCCUCCCUUCUACAGCAAGAACCGGCAGAUGACCUUUCGCAUGAUCCUCUCGGCAGAGCUCAACGUGCCAGAGUGGCUGUCUCCUUCAGCCAAGGCGAUCAUCAGAGAGCUGCUGGUCAGGGACCCUGCUGCUCGUCUUGGUAGCGGGACCCGAGGGGCUGCUGACAUCAAGCGGCAUGCGUUCUUCUCGUCCAUCGACUUCCCUGCCCUUUAUCGCAAGGAGGUGUCCCCUCCGUUCACUCCUGCUCCUCUGGCGAUCGACGAUACGUCUCACUUCGAUGUUCGCUUCACCACGAAGCCAGGUGUGUCUCAUGUUUGUGCCUGCCUAUCCCACCUGAGCUCCACCUGCAGCCGAAGACUCGCCAACUGCCAGCCCCGAGGAGCCAGCAGCCUUCGACAACUUCAGUUAUCAGAGCCCAACGUAUGCGCGGCUGCACGGCAUGGGAUCGCUCAGCGGCAAGUCUUCCUUCAUGGGCACGUACGGCUCACAGAAAGGCUCCUACAUGCGCAGCAACAUGGGGAAGGUGCCCGGGUCAGGCCCGGGGCUCGGGAGCUUGCCUCGCAUCAACUCGGAGCAAGACUUCAUUGAGCCUCUCGACUACGAGACGGUGAUCCACCCCGGAGCCCUGGCAUCCGAUUACUUGGCGGAGGAGGACAAGGGAACAGAGGCCGGGCAAGAGGGGGGUGAGGCUGCCGCCGACUCCAAGGAGGAGGACUAUGCGGUGGUCAGCGAAGACGUAGAGGGAGAGGAGGGGAUGUACAAUAAUCUUGGCUCGUCGCUCAUCGAGUCCUCGUUGGAAGGAAAGUCGCCGAGGUGGAGGCAACAUGACAGCCAGGCGAAGAAUGGCUUGCCGAUCUCCGAUGACGACGUGGUGGAAGGAGAUGAAGAACAGGAAGAGGAUGAAACUGAGCCUGCCACGGAAACGAAACCGCCAGCCCCUGUUCCCGGGUCUGUGCUGCAGUUUGGCUUGGACGAAUGAGGAGGAUCAGGACGAGGCGGUAACCCUCAUGUACAUUCAGCUGCCAGACCUCCCUGGCCGCCCAUGACGCGGCUCAGCGGCUCCUCGCCGCAGCAGCACCGCACAGUGCUGCAUGGAAACAUAGCACACCAUAGGAAAUAAAUAAACUCAGUGACUCGCGUC